AAGUUCCUAAGAAGAUUUUGUGUUUCAUUGCGUUUACCAGAUGUAAAUAUCUUAUUUACAGGCUUGAUUCGUUGCUCACUUACAUAAAAAAAAGAAAAAAUAUAAUCGAAUAUAAAUAAUGUCGUUAACACGUGGAAUGCUCAUUAAUUUUAAAUAUUACGACAAUAAUAUUCUAACUAAAUCAAUUACAACAUUGUAUUUAAUCGCUUUAUCUAUUCUGUGUUAUGGUCACGCUUUGGAUGGGAGUUUUGUAUUUGACGAUAGAGUGGCUAUAGUGGAAAAUCAUGCAGUAACGCAAUUGCCCACAAAUUAUACCGCCAUCUUUUAUAACGAUUUUUGGGGGACGCCAUUAGCAAAUAAUAAUUCGCAUAAAUCUUAUCGUCCUCUGACUACAUUAAUGUUUCAUUACGAAUUCAAUUUUGGUUGGAACAUGAAGCGUUUAAAUCUUGGUUUGCAUAUUGUAAACACUCUAUUGUUAUGGCGACUGUUAGUGUGGUUGGAGUUUGGAAGUUACCGUCGAGUGUCCUUAUUAACCGCGUCAUUAUUUGCUGUACAUCCAGUUCAUGUAGAAGCAGUCAGUGGAAUAGUAUCACGCGCAGAUCUAAUGUUUGCGCUCAUUUACCUAAUUUCAAUGAUGAUCACGGUAAAUUACUACUAUAAGAAAUAUUUAUGCUCUUUAACUAUAUUGAUGUUAAGCUCGGUGGGUGUGCUUUUUAAAGAAACUUCGGUAUGCAUACCUUUAGCCUGUAUUGCUCUGGAAUAUACAAGAAGACAAUGGUUUAAGUUGACAGUGCUUCAGCAGUGUAAAAAGCUUUUAAAUUCCAGAUCUCUUAUAUAUAUUAUUUGCAUGAUUUUACUAAUUACCUGGCGCUUUUGGUUGAAUAACUUCGAGACUCCACAUUUUCAACAAGCUGAUAAUCCAAUAGCCCACGCUGAUAGCUUAAAAACACGUACACUGUCACAAAAUUAUCUCUACGCAAAGAACAUUUACAUUCUUCUAGAACCUUCACAGUUAAGCUUCGACUGGGCGUUUGAAUGUAUACCACUAGUAAAAAGCAUUCGGGAUAUACGCCUGUUACCAGUCCUUACUUUGUACAUGUUCCUUUUCUAUGCUGUAAGGAAUCAUCGAGAAAAUUUUUUGAUAACCUUUUCCCUCAGUUUAUGUGUUGUACCCUAUCUUCCUGCUGCAGGUAUACUAAAAGUUGGUUUUGUUAUAGCGGAACGUGUUUUAUAUGUGCCUUCAAUGGGUUUCAGUUUUGGCGUUGCAAUUGGCUACCUUAAAUUACUUAGAGUAGCCCAGUUAAGGAUUUUGAAGAACACUCUUAAAAUUUGCUUAGCGAUGCUUAUGAUUUCCCACAUCCUUCGUUGUAGGGAGAGAGCCGUCGAAUGGUUAAAGGAAGAAACACUAUUUGCUUCAGCUUUGACAGUUUGCCCGAAUAAUGCUAAGGUUCAUUACAAUAUUGCCCGUUUAGCUCAGAGUGAUACUAAAAACUACUCUAAAGCUUUUUAUCAUUAUCAUGAAGCAAUUAAGCUCUACCCUCGAUACGAGGCCGCACUUAUGAAUCUUGGAAAUUUAUACCGUGAGAUUGGUAAUUUAAAUUCCGCGGAGAAAUAUUUACAGAAGGCUGUCGAAGUUGCUCCAAAUUUUGCUACAGCCUGGAUGAAUUUAGGAAUAGUGCAAGCAACCGCACGUCAUCACGAGAAAGCGUUGGUUAGUUAUCAAAAAGCUCUAUUUUAUCGGCCGAACUAUGCCAAUUGCUUUUACAAUAUUGGUAAUAUGUACGUCGAAGGAAAGCAAUAUAAUAAGGCGUUAUCAUAUUGGAAACAAGCAGUUCUACUGAAACCUCAACUUGCUAAGGCAUGGACUAAUAUACUUACACUUCUAGAUAGUUUAUCUCUAUUUGAAGAGGCUUUAAAUGUAUCUGAAGAGGCUUUAAAAUUACAUCGCAAUAAUUCUGCCAUACUUUUGGUGCGCGCUAAUGUUUUGGGUAAACUGGCUCGUUAUGAGGAGGCGGAAACUUUAUAUAAAUUGAUUAUUGUUCAAGAACCGUCUAAUUACUUAUGCCAUACUAACUUAGGCGUGCUAUAUCAUCGUUGGAACAAAUUACCGUUGGCAAUAGCACAAUAUAGGCGUGCUAUAAGUUCUGAUUCCAGAAAAGCAAUCACCGCUAAGGAAAAUUUAAGCAAAGUUCUUGUAACACACCUAAAUAUUGAUCUUUGAACAAUACAACUUUUGAAACUAAGCAAUUUAGCAGAAUUUGACCGUUCUCCGAUUUAUUUAUUUCAACAUUUUAAAAGGCGAAAGAAUUCGUUCACAUUUUACGAAUAGUUCGUCUUUAAUUGGUUUAAUGCGGUGAGGUAGUAUUAAAAGCAUUUUGUGGAUAAAAAGGCUUCGCUAUAGUGUAAUUUAAGUUUAUAAUCAUUACUUGCAGGCAAUACUUAAGAUUUUCUGCAAGUAGCUUAAAGCUCUAAACCUUCGAAAUCACAAUUUUUGAAGUGGUUGAACCAUCGGUCUAAAGAUCGAAUGCUUGAUUUUUCGAUAUUUGCGGAUCGUCUACUUCUAAUUGGAACUUAAUGGAUUGCAUAACAUCUGGACACACUCAGAAAAAAAAUAUCUUUCAUGAUAAUAUCUUACUCAAAAUUAGUAUACGAUCUUGUAUCAAUGGAAAUGGCAUCGACUUUUGUUUGAAUUGUUGCACGGUUGUAUAUUUAUUAAUUCAUCCAUUUCUGGUUCAUUUGGUUAAGCGAUUGGCGCAGCACCUACAUACAUCUAAUAUCUCAAUGCAAAAAGUCAACGCAGGUGUUUUCUCAUAGGCAAAAAAAUAGCGUAAUACCCGAUAAUUAUGAUUUGCGUCGUUUUCGGGUUUUAUAUGCCGUAUUCUAUUGUCAGGCAAGCUAGCAUCAAAGUUUAUUGAUAUGAAAGAAAUCCAGUUAAGCAAAUUUUUCGUUUAAUCAAUUGUGAACGCACGUACAGAUUUAUUUUUAGCGUAUGUUAGCAUAUUAGUUGGUAUGAAAUGACAGGGUAGUUCAUUUA